AUGUCUACCACAACAGGCGGAACGCUGACGGUCCCGACUCUCACGACAACGACAGCCUCCGCACUGCCGCAGAUCAAGGCACCGGAGUUCUCACGUUACAAACCCAGGACUUGGUUCAUACAGCUGGAAGCCCAAUUCCGCAAUUACGGAAUUGUACCAGAAACAGAUAAGUUUUACCGAACAUUACCAUUAAUUGAUACAGAAUCAGCUGCUGAAGUAAAGGAUGUAGUUAUUACUUCCGAUCAAGUCGCACCUUUCCAAGCUCUCAGAAACACUCUGAUUGCUCGAUUUACAAAGUCAAAGGAAGUAAAUCUUAUCCAAUUACUUGAUCGGGAGUCGAUUGGAAAUCGAGUACCCUCUCAAUAUCUAAGGCAUUUAAAAAGUUUAGUUCCAGAUAUCGAUGAUGAAGUCUUGAGGGCACGCUGGCUAUCUCAUCUUCCGGAGAGCACCCGAGCAUGUCUGGUGAUCCAGCCCCNUGAAGUCUUGAGGGCACGCUGGCUAUCUCAUCUUCCGGAGAGCACCCGAGCAUGUCUGGUGAUCCAGCCCCAGGCAAACACCGAUGGCCUACACUGA